CUCUCUUUACACAGCGCAGUUAUUGAGGGAGUGGUGGUUUAAAAGUCUAAAAGUUUAAAAGUCAUGGAAGUGAACUCGCUAGUCUUGGGUGGCUACAUCUACCCCUCAGCCUUGCAUGAGAAUCGAAUGUUUCCAUAUCAGCUAUGUGUUCUACCCUCUGUUUACUUGCAGUUUCCAAAAGCGGAUUUCAAGAAGGCCUCUUUCCUUCCUCCUCGGGACGCCUUCUGAAUUUACCCCAUAUAUUUCAUCCGGGCAGAUCUCAGAUUCGAUCUGCCAUGCACAUAUCAGAUCCCAACAUUGUCUUUUCAACCAUCCAUCUCUCUUUGACGUGAAAGCCGCUGGUCCUUCACCAUGUCCUUCCGCGGGUUCGGCAACGCCGAGUGCUCGAUCGAGGGCUGCGAAAUCGACCAACCACACUGCCACACCCUCGUGCACUCAACUGACCGGCCACAAAGCCCCCCUAAGCUAGUAGCCGUAAACACAUUUGGGGGCAGAGCUGGUGCUGAACCGGCACCACCGAGCGAGAGUGCAAGAGCAUCGCCUCCCUCCCGCCGCCCUUCUGCUGUCGUGCGGCCUCCCAUUGUGCAGAGUACUCCUAGCCACCCGGGUCCCAGUGCCGAUGAGUACCGCACCUAUGUGUAUCAGCCUUCCUAUGCUGCGGGAGGCGGGUCGGAUCUCACGAGAGGCUUGACGCCGACAACUCGUGGCACCUUCACGUACGGGGGUUGGGACGAGCCUGAGACUGCAAUUUCGCCUGUUAUCUCAGAGUCUCCGAGUCCGGUCGGGGAUGGAGCGGACAGAGAUAGUAGGGUAAGAUAACUGUUCACAUUCGAAAGGGCACUGAUAAAGGUAUACUGACCCUCAACAUAGCAGCCGGCUGCUCAAUCGCCCACCACGAGACAGCCAAGGAGACGUGGGGACAGAAAUGGAGAUGAGAGCAGUGGCCCAAGCGGAGGUGCAAGUGGAGAUACAAGUGGGAAUAUAAGUGAAAGUGCAAGUGGAAGCGCAAGUGGAAGUGGAAGUGCAAGUGGAGGUACAAACAACAGGGCAUAGAUUAUGAGAGUUUGCCAUGGCGAUUAUGUUACUCUCAGGGAAGACACUUGAUGGCAUAGGAAAAUGGGCACGGAUGACACUUGCAGUUUCAAUACAAAACAGCACUUCUUGAAUUGCUUGUCUAUCUGCAGAAUGUGCCGCUGAUUGAAAGUAUGUCGCAGCCAAUUGCCAGAGUUCCGUCU